AUGCUCCCAUCCCUACUUUGGCCCCAAUUGAUCUUGCUUGCUGUAAGAACUCUGCGAUUUAGGAAGUCCAUAAUUGACGAAAAUAGCUAUGCGCAGCAUAACCAAGGCGCUACCGUUGAGCUCCCCUGGGCGAUCGAGACCAAUCAGUCGGUAGCAGUCAACUGGUACUGCACUACAGAUCUGGCAGUGCCAAGACAGAAUCGGCUACCAUUGACAUUACCAUUGACCGGACAUGGCGCUUCUCCUCAGCUGCUACCCUCGUUGGCCACAAGGGAGCACAAAUAUCAGCUUCUCGACGGUCCACAAUCUGGUGGUGGAGGCAACCUUCGUCUGACGGGCCUAGACACGGAUGAUUCUGGCUAUUACAUUGCCGAGCCAGUCGAACCGCGGCGCGACAAUAAGCAUGUCUCGGUCUGGUACAAGAUAAACGUGCUAUCCCCUGUUGGAAUUGUUGUCACCCCGAAGUUCGCAAUUGUUAACAACGGGAGCCAAAUCGAAUUAGAAUGCCGGGGUAGCGGGAAUCCGUCGCCGCGGUUGCAUUGGCUUAGAAACGCUCAACCAGUGUCCAAGCGAUAUCUGCCCGAGGCGCACCAGACAAAUCCACUUUCAUCAUCGAGACCAUUUUUCAGCGGCCGAUCGUUGACUGAAUGGACAGUUUAUUUUACUCCAUUAGCUUCAGAAAGUUAUGCAAAGAUGGGCUUUUUUGAUUAUUACCCUAACUUAUUCAUCCUGGUUUGCUUCGCGCUCGUCAAUUUUUGCCUCAACCUUACCCUCAACAGCAGACGGACUGGCCAAAAUGUCAACCUGAACCAAAUGCGCUUGCGCAUUGAGUCCUUUAGCCUGGACGACGUUGGCGUCUACCAAUGCGUGGCAGAGAAUAGCUAUAACGACCUAUCUCCAGGCCCUCCGGGCACCGGCCCUACCUCUUCUGCCCCCCCAUCUUCGUCCACCGGACCUGCCUCUCGUCUUCGUCGAGACUUGACCACCAGGAUGCGUUCGCGUCGGGCCAUCAGUUUGUUUCAUGGAUUCGGCGCCGCUCUUGAGCCGCUUAGCGGACACAGCCUCAUGGACAACGCCCAGGAUUCGGCUCUCCUCGUCAUGGGCAGUAGGUUUCCACUUUACCAUCUUGCCGUUUUCCUCUGGCUUCCACUAUCUACCUUGUGGUUGCGUCCUUUCGCUAUAAUCGGAUAUUUUUCUUGCUGCUUUCCUGUGCUUCAUGCAAAAAUAGGCCAUAAAAACUCUUAG